AGCCCUCAGGCCCUCACGUCGGGGCGGCGCGGCGGCGAUGGGCGGCACGGCGCUGUCGGGAGCGCUGUGGCUGGGGCUGCUGUGGGCCGGCAGCGGGGCCGGGGGCAGCUGCCAGGGAAGGUGCUGCCAGGGCCGGGAUGCUGCCUGCGUCGGCGAGGGAUGGAGGGAGGGAGGUGGCUACGGGACCUGCUACUGCGACGCAGGCUGCCGGCGAGCCGGGGACUGCUGCCACGACCACAGCCAGGCGUGCCCGGCUAUUCCCUGUGUUGUGGGGGAGUGGAGUCAUUGGAGUGGCUGUGCAGAGCAGUGUCAUCCUGGGCUGCGGAUCCGUAGGCGCUAUGUACAACAGGAACCUAAAAACGGUGGGGAACCGUGUCCAGCUCUGGAGGAAAAGGCUGGCUGCCUGGAAUACCUCACUUACCAGGGGGAGGAAUGUGGCCAUGAACAUGUCCCUGCUUUCAUAACUACCUCUGAAUACGGUAAAGAAAGAAAAAGAAGACCAGCAUCUUCUCUCUGGCCUUCAGACAAAGAGGCAGCAGGAUACUGUGUGGAGUUCAGGACAGAAUCUCUUUCCCAGCACUGCGCUCUGGAGACGCGUCCACACGCGCGCUGGAUGCAGUACCUGCGCGAGGGACACACCGUGUGCGUCGCCUGCCAGCCCCCGGCCAUGAGCACGGCCACACAGCGCUGCUCCGGAGAUGGCCAUAAUGCACAUGGAGAUAAAAUCUUACACUGGGAAGCAAUUGGCAACUCUCAGUGCCAAGGAACCUGGAAGAAGAUCCGGCAACUGGAACACUGUUCCUGUCCCCUGGUGCAUAGUUUUAUUUUUACAUAAAAGUUUAAAAGACCUUUAAAAUGGCAA